CGAGUUGUUGUGUAGACGACAUGAACAUAUGAAGAUAUAUCCAAAGAUAAGCGAUAAGGUUAAAAAACACAUAUGGACAGUUGUUAAUAUUGAUUGACAAAAAUGGAUGAGAAAGUUGAUCCAAACGUCCCACCCUUAACCACAGUUUCAAGAGCUGCAAGCAGUUCACCUAGCCCAGCAAACUUAACUAAAGAUGUAACGAAGACUACAGCCAGGACAAAUUCAAUACCACAAGAAUAUGAACAGCUAUGGGCCUUGAUGUCUCAGAUACCACGGAAGGCUCAGCGUGGUUUGUUGAUGCAGUGUGAGCUUGUUUUGACAUGCGUUGAUGUGUCAGAUCAGUAUAUUGUACUAGGUACGAAUAUAGGCCUAGUGUUUCUCUAUAACAGAGAUAAAACAACGAUGGAAAGACUUAAAACUGAAUCAUCUAACGAUGUUGUUAUGUGCGUAAAGCUACAUCAUGGGUUAGAUUAUCAACUGGCUGUAGGAACAACAACUGGAACUGUCAGAAUAUUUUUACUACCUUCCAGUUCCAUAGCUUUAGGACAGAAUAAAACGUUACAGAAACUUGAUGUCAAGGAUCUGCACCGAACAUAUGUAACUAGCAUAGAGUGGAGUACAAACGGUAUGAAAUUAUUCUCAGGUGACAAAAAUGGAAGAGUGGUUGUUACUGGUGUUGAUUUCUAUGAAGGUCAGUCUACUUCAAAAGUGUUACUGGAUGAGGAUGUAGCAGACGCUGAAAUAAUACAGAUGUCAUACGAUCAUAAAGCUUUACUAGUUACAACUAAAUAUAGAACAAUUGUAUGUAGAACAGAUGAAGAUUCCAGAGUUAUUCAAAUUGGACAUCAAGAAAGAAAAGUUGGUGUUUUUGGAGCCUGUUUUAUUCCUGAAAUGUGUAAACCGAGUGAUGCUAAAUUAUUCGCCACAAGACCAGGAUGUCGUUUGUGGCGAGCCAGUAUUAACGGCACGGUUGAAAACACUUUUAUCUUUAAGGAGGUAUUGUCUGACGCCAUUCCUGUCAUACCAUUAAUAAAACCAGAAACUGUUACGCCUCAAAAAGAGGAGCCGCAAUUUGGCAAGUUAUAUAUCUACAGAGAAGACGAACUAGUUACAUGGCAUGGUGGUAAUUUAUUUAUUAUUGAAGCCACCAAUAGUCAGGUUUUGUGUGUUCAGAGUAGAAUUGGGACCAUAGUGGAUUUAGCUAUUAAUAAUGAUGAAAUCUUUGUCCUGAGAAAAAAUACCGAAAUAAAUUUGGUGAGAAUAGCCUUAAAACCAGAAGAAGUUAAACAUCAAGUGAAGAUAGGAGUCCAACCAAAAUUUGAUUCGUCCCCAGUCGAGGAAAAUAAAACUACGUCUAAUUUAACCAGAAUAAACGAAGAAUUGAAAAAUAAAGGACAAUCGGCUAAGGGAUUCUUCCAGAAAAAUGUGAUCGGAAAAUUAAAAAACUUGGACUUCAAACCUGGAACUCGAAAUAUUUCUAAUGAAACAUCUGUGAAAUCGUUAAUAGACGGAAAUGAUUUUUACGUUACUCCAGAUUCGUCUCCAGACUUACCUCCCGUCAUUAAAUUAAAAACACCGGAACUUACAGGUUUGGAAGUGUUCGAAGGCGUGUCUCCUAGUUCUAGUAAUUCUCCAUCUCCUGAAAAACAGGUCAAUGGUAGCACUUUAAAUCACCAAGCACCUGUUGCCACUACCGGUAUUUAUUAUAAUAAAGAUGAUUCACCCACAUCAGUCUAUACCAGUUCAACACAUAGUGUAAUAUCUCAACAAAUGAUGUCAAGUACUACCAGCACAACAAGUUCUAAUACGCAGAAAGAUGGAGGAGCGUCAGGAGAUAUUGUCUUUAGUCAGAAAGUUAAAAGACCUAAAAGAAGGAAAAAUAAAACAGACAAAUCAAAAGAUAAAGAAACUGAUGAUAUAGAUGAUGAUGAUACGAUUUCAGUACCAGUGACAGUAUCACCAGUAAAAACCGCCAAACAAUUAAAUAAACUAGAGGAGUAUGAAAAUAAAUCGGUUAUUCCCGCUGGUGAAUUCGCUGAUGAUCAAGUUGGGAAUUUAGAUGCAUUAAGUAGAGCCGAUGAUAUUUUAAAGCGAUCACUUGCUGUUUUGAGUGUGCCAGAACCUGCUUCUCCACCUCCAACUAUUGCGCAGGACUCUCCAGAGAAAGGUAAGGACAAAGAUCCUGCAUCUCUUGAUUACCGACAAGCCUUGAAAUUAAAGUCAUGGGACAAGACAAAAAUGGGAGAAGAUGAGAGCAAUAAGAUUGAAAUAAGAGAAGUGAAAAAGGAUGUUGAAAAACCUGAAAAUGGAGAUAAAGAUUCCAACGUAAAGACAUCUUUGCAAUCUUCCGAUCAUAAAACUAAGCACUCAGAAAAAGAUUCCUCAACUAAAAGUGUAAAUAAGUCACCCAAGGAGAAAUCACUUCCUAAUUCCCUAACAGAUAAAGAUUUCCCUCGAAACUUACCUCGCGAAGACAGUUGUGAACUCUUUUCUGAGCCUUCAGCGGACGACUUUUAUUCCAUUUACGCUAAUAAACAGUCUGAUUCCAGUAGUAGUUCACUAACAAGCCCUGUUAGUGGUUUGCGUCUUAAAUCUCCAGAAACAGAGGCCUAUCUUUCUCGACCAUCUCCAUCAAAGCCAUCUCCUCAGAGGCUCGAAUCUGUUGACGGCAAAAUAAACAUAACAGCAAAUGUUUUUGAGGAGAUUACUACAGGAGCAAAUACGUACAGUCUGUCACUAUCUGAGACUCACGUCUGGUUCACAGACAAAAGUGAAAAUAUUUAUUAUAGUUCGUUAUCGGGACCUAAAGUAAUAUGGCGUAAAGCUGCUGGCUCCGGCACUCAGAUUGCUGUGUCACAGAAUGGGCAUAUUGUCUGGAGAUUACAUAGAAAUGUAGCAUAUGCUGGAACUAAGAUAACCAGUAAAAGACCUGAGGGUUUAAAAUGGGUGGAUUCAGUCAAGGAGGUGGCGUAUAUUGCUGUGGAUGAUUCCUCUGCAUGGUAUAUUAAAACUGAUGGUAAAGUAAUGAUGCAGAAAGGUUUAUCUAAAGAUCGGCCAUGUUUUAAAUCUCAGCCUGCUCUGUGUUCUUAUGAAUUAAAACAAAUAUCAUGCUGUAAUGGAGUUGUGUGGGCUAUAACUACUGAUAUGAAACUCUUGUAUCGAAAGGGAAUAACGAAGGCUUGUGAAGUUGGAGAAUCAUGGGAAACCAUCAAUAGUGGUACAGAAUCUUUAUUUUUCGGCCAUGUUUAUCUGGAACAUACAAAUGGCUGGGCUAUUGAUGUAUUGGGUAGAAUAUGGUGUUUAACAGACGUAUCGAUGGAAAAACCAACAGGAAGUGGAAAAUGGUGGCAGAUUCCACUGAGUGAAUAUUUUGUAGAGGAUUCCACAGCUUUAGACCAGCUGAAAUCACUAGCUAGUAAAUUUGAUCCCCAGAAAUUAACAUAUUUGAUCAGUUCAAAUAGAGGUGGUCUGAUAGCAGCUAGUAAAACAAGUAUAUGGGUCUGUCCAGAAUAUAAAAAUAUAUUACAUGUCUGUCGAGGAAGUAUAUUAGGUUUUCGCUGGGAUGAUUGUCCACCUGUUGGUAUUGCUGCAUCUACAGCAUGGAAACUAGUUUGUGCUGAUCUAUGUGAUUUAGACUGGGGUUUAGUGUGGGCCCAGCAACCAAAUGGUGAUAUUUAUACAUUUCCUGCUGAUACAAGAACUCCUUCAACUGUUCCAUCAUCACCAGUAUUUACAUGUUUAUCCGCCUGUAGGCUGGCCGUAUGGGGACUAACAGACGAUGGAAAGGUUUAUGCUAGAUCUGGAAUGGGACCGUAUUGUCCACAAGGUUCCAAAUGGUCCCAGCUAGAUUUAUCUCAGCUUGGGGAUGCCCAUUUAGUGCAUUUGUGUUGUAACAUGCAGUAUAUAUGGGCCGUAGAUUCAGCUGGUAUGGUGUAUCAGAGAAUAGGCUGUAAAUCACCAGCUGAUCUCGAACUCAGUCCUGUCUGGUUACCGUUGGAUUCAUUCUCAGGAAUAGCCUUCAAUCAUAUAGCUGUCGGAUCUCAAUACUGGAUGGUAUGGGCAGUUGAUAGUAGAAAAUUAGCCUAUGUUAGAAUAGGCAUAACAGAAAAAUUACCUAUAGGUAAAGAAUGGAAAAAUGUACCAGGUAUACAGGUUACUAAGUUAUCUAUCAGUGAAACUGGAGUAUGGGCAUUAAAUCCUCAAGGAGAAGUCUUCUAUAGAUAUGGUAUUACAGAUAAAAAUGUCCAGGGUGAUUACUGGAAGAAAAUACCUGGUCUUAGUACCUGUAUUUCAGUAUCAUCCAGUGAUGAACUAUGGAGUGUUAGUACGCAAGGACAACUCAUGCAUCUAAAGUUUAAAUAUUUACAGCGUCGAGAAAUGGUUGAAGAAGUUGGUACGUUGCGAUCGUUGAGUAUAGGUAGUGAUGAGGGCGAGUGGGAACUAGUAUAAAUAGACAUGGAUAUAGAUAUGACAGUUUUAGAUGGCAGGUGCAAUUAAAGAUGGCAUCAUUGAACUAGCAACUUAUACUUUGAAUUUGGUGCCAGACAUGUAUAAAUAGACAUGGAUAUAGAUAUGACAGUUUUAGAUGGCAGGUGCAAUUAAAGAUGGCAUCAUUGAACUAGCAACUUAUACUUUGAAUUUGGUGCCAGACAUGUAUAAAUAAAAUCAUAAACCGAGAAAUAAAGAUAAAUCUGUGCCAGACAUAAGGACAAUCACCAGAUGAAAUUGUGCUGGACAAAGUCUGAUAUUUUGAAAUUUGUGUUGCAAAUGUAUUUAUAAAAACACUGGAAAAAUAAAGAUAAAUCUAUAACAGACAUGUGACAGGCAUCAGAUAAAAUUGUUCCUGACAAUAUCUGAGCCAGGUGCUUUCUUUCAGGCUUAGGCAACACAAAUAAAAUAAGUUGUUUCUCGGGCACCGCCCGCACGAAAAAUUAGUUGCGAGUGCGGCCUAUUUAUUAGUCUUGAUGAAAAAUAAAAAAUAUGUAACGCCCGCCCGAACAUCGAUAAGCAAGUCAUAAAAAGAAUAUGCCACAUGUAUCUACAUGCCCCAUACGUGAAUAUCCAUUCAAAUGUAUUAAACUGAUUCAGAUGUAAACGCUCAUUUACGGGUCAUUUUUAUAGAUAUCGAAAGAACCUCCAUUUUUGUAUCACAUGAUUUUAAUUACCUCCCCUUGUGAACUAGAAUUUGAUUCGUGUUAAACACCGAAAGUCAUUGACAACAAUGCAUUGUAUUUCAAUCAUUCGAUCUUAAUCGGCUCAUUAUUGCCGGCUUCAGUCGAUCCAUGUUUGAAAAAAUCCUACUUAUAAAACAAUGAAUCGUAGAACAGGUUAAUUAUUAUAACUUGUGGCUACGAAUACGAUACGAUGUUAGUCACUAUACCUUAGUCAGAAUCUGGGUCAUUAGCACAUUUAACGGUAGUUUUGAUAAUCCGGAAAAUAAUAAUUGGAUUACACAUUUGAUGGUUUUACUGACCAGUUGUUAGUUAAAUUUAAAUAGUCAUUCGAUAUAAACCCCACAUAGAACACCGAAUAUCCUGAGAAACACACCGAAUAUCCUGAGAAACAGUCAUUUCCCGAAUCCCGAUGACACGUGACAUGCAUUGGUUGGAAUUAGGUCAAUCAUUAUAAACCAGCGAUACUAGAUUUAGAUCUAAGUGUCGUUUACCGUGAUGAUUAUUUUUGAUACACAUGCUGACAGAGGCUUACCCUUUAAAAUAUUGUCGUUAUUAUGGACGGCUAUUAAUAGUCGUACGGAAUUUUAUUUUAAACCAAUUUCAAUUAUGGUUGUCACCAUUACCAUUAGUAAGCUACAUUACGUGAAUUAAAUAUGGAAAAUUAUUUUCCUUACAGUCAGUGUUCAGUGUUUGAGUAGACUUGAUUUUUGGGUUUAUGUUCUAAGUAUGUAUAAUAUAUAACUGAAAGCAAAACUGUAGACAAGUAAUGACUUUCUCAUUAAAAAAAAAAAAAAUACAAGGCCGCCCUCCCGCCCCAACAA